AUGGAGAAAUACGCCCAUACAUUCAGCAAAGCUCUGCUGACACCUGAUCCGCAUUAUGUACCGGGGUACACGGGGUAUUGCCCGCAGCUCAAGUACAAUGUGGGGAAGUCUUAUGGCCGGCUCACAGCCGAGCUGCUCACCAGUCCUCAUGUGCAACACUCCAAUUGUCUGGUCCUCCACACGGGUCACAUCCCCUCCACGGAGUCGGACGUUGGUCUGACACUGAGAAGCAUCCCUGAAUGUAACUUGAAGAGGAUACCAGGAUACACAGGCUUCAUUCCAAAAAGUCAGAACUACUUUGCCUGCAGCUAUUCUGAAACAUGUCGUAAAGCGCUGUCAGAGUUUUACCAGGACAGGCGUGGGAAGAUCCAACGGCAAUCAACAGACCUGCCAGCUGUUGUAAACUACAACAACCAACAGUUUGAAAGACCAAGUCCCCACUUGACAGCAAUCUCCAACAAAAUGAUUACCGACAGGCCCUUGAAGUCCUUCACCCUCACUGGAAAACCAUACCUCAUGGAUGAUGAUAGCCCGCACAAGCACUUUAUCUCAGGUUCUACAGGGCAUGUGCCAAAAUCUCGCUUCCUAAUUGGCAAAGGUUACCCAAUCACUACCAACCAGGCACUGAUCCAGUUCGGAAAGCAGCAGCGGACUGACCCCACGUCACAAAGCAUCCCAGGGAUGUACAAUAACUAGUACAAUAGUACAAUAACUCCCGUGCCCACUAUCCAUCCAUCAAACAGGGGUGUGGUGCCAUCAUUCACCGGACACAUCCCAGGAUACUAGUUUAUGUAUGGACAAACCUUUGGCCAACUUUCCAAGAAUGCACUGGAAAGGAGCGGCAUCAAGAGGGUGAUUCAGGCACAGUAA